AUGAACUGCCAAGAAUGUAAAUCAACAAAGUCAACACCAUAUCAACUUGUGUUUAGGCAAGAUCCACAAUCUGAAUUACCAAUGAUUUCGAUGCUUUAUCAGCAAAACAUUAUACACGAAGAUGAUAUUCCCUUAGAAAAUCAAUCAACUUCAAUUAAUUAUACACUUCAAUUAAAUUCAGUUAAUU